UCAAGCAAGUUCUCAGGUUCGACAAGUUGCAAGUUGAGUUAAGUUAAAGCUAAAAGGAAUACGUAGACUAUGCUUAUAUUUAAUAUUAGCACGAACAAUAAUGAUAAAUCCUAUAUGAUGCGGUUAUGUAUACAUUGAACUAAAUUUGUUAUUUAUUUGUAAAGGAUUUGAUUUUUGAUUAAAAAUGGAAGUAACUAGUGGUGCAGAGGAAGGAUUUAUUCGCGAGUGGACCCCGUGUUCCCAUAUUUUGAACCUGAUUCCUCCUAGAAUUCAAACAGGAAUAUUUUCUACUGAAUUGUCUUUAACAUGUGUUGACGCGGUUAGUGAAUAUAUAGCUCUUGGUACGAAUGUUGGCUUGGUCUACUGGUAUGAUAGGAAAAAAGGAAACAUUCAAAGAUUACGAUGCGAGGCGUCUACAUCCCCCAUAACAUAUGUGAAGAUAGUAAGCACGGUUGACUACAUGGUGGGUGCGGGUAACGCUGCUGGUCAGGUCACCGUCUUCCAGAUUCCUAAAGAGCAUCCAGAGAACAUUCCCGACACACUCAAACCAAAGGUUGAGCCAAAGGUGGAGAGGUACACUAUUGGUGAUCUACACAAGAGUAAGAUAACAUCUAUAGAGUGGUCUAAGAACGGCAUGCGGCUGUUCUCCGGAGACAAGAGUGGUGUGAUAAUUAUGACGGAGAUUGACUUUUAUAUGCAUUUGUGCAAGUCAAUGGAGAUAGUGAACGAGGAGUACGAGAUAGUACAGAUGAGCUACCAUCAGAACACGCUGCUGGUGUCCAGUCUGUACCGCACUAUACUCUGCGAGCGCCGCGACGCGCGCUGGCACGUCAGCCAGCUCGGCAAGAAAGAGAGGAAGAGUCUGUGCCGGCUGGGCGCGGUGUUCCAGCACUCGUACGCGCGGGGCGGGGGCGCGGCCGCGUACUGCGCGCGCGCAGGUCUGCGGCUGUGGCGGGCUGACGCGCAGGGCAACGUGCUACAUACUCUACUAUUCAAGGAGGCGAUAUCCAACCCGCUGACUGUGGCGGAGCUACUGAACCCGGCACAGAAGAAGGCGGGCGCGGGGGGUGCUGUGAGUGUGGUGGGUGCGGGGGGUGCAGGGGGCGAGUGCGAGGCGAGUCUGGGCCCUCUUCAUGUAUUCCGGGAGCACUUCCUGGUGGCGCACGACGAUCGGUUGCUGUAUGUGCUGGACCCGCGCUCGCUCACCGCCGUCGCAGUGGUCGACGACCUCAGGCGGAUAUUGUCCGUGUCAGUGAACAAGGACGAGAUAUUCGUGCUGGAAGGGCCGCGCUCGCUGGUGCGCCUCGCGCAUGCGCCCGAGCCAGCGACACUCGCACGCGCACAAGAAGAAACAUCAAAUCUGAUGACUCGAUCGUUGACUACGUCAAUCCAGCAGGCUGUGAACACGGUGCGCGAGCUGACUCAGCUGGACAGCACCGCGCCGUACAUCACCAGUGUUCUCGAGCAGCCCAUUUCCUUGCUGACAGGAAACGAGACCAUCGACAGUGGGACCGUGGCUAACGCGGAGGAGUGCUUCGAGUUACCUCCAAUAAAGAACCUGCCCACUGACAUAUCUGAUAACGUCCUAGAAUCUAUUGUCAACGAAUUUAAAGACGUAUCCAAUGAUGCGGAGGAAAUUAGGAAAGUGAAAUCUGAAGAAUUGCAGAAGAAAUUGAGUAUUUAUAAUAGAAUAAUGGAGAAGAAAUGCGAUGAGGAGUUAAUACAUAGUAGCAAGAGGAGUCGUCGAAGGGAGACGGGGUCAGGCGCGAGUACGCCGCGGCUCAGUACUCCUGUGCGCAAACCUUCCGCCGUCAGUUACACCAGCCCCUGUCUUAUGAACGUCAGUAUGUACAGUAAUGAUAAACAAAAUGAUGAUUUACUAGAAAAAGAGAUUGAAGAAAAAGAGAAAAUACUAGCUAAAUUAUUGAAUCUAGAAUCGUUUAGUAUAACGAGUCAUAUAACUAAGUCAACUAAUGGAACAAAAGAAGCGCCUGAAGAAAUCGAAUAUUUUAAACCAUACGAAGAAAAAAUUGUGCAAACAAAAAAACACGAAGAGAAACCAAUCAAGAAAGCUAUACAAGCAAAAUUGGAACCUAAUGUGAUAGAUUUAGUGCCUAAAGUCGUGCAGUUGCCUAACAAUUGGAACUUGGAAAAUAUCGAACUGCGUUUGGAUUUGAAGAACGGUGUCAAAGAUGUCAUCUCACCAGACGAACAUCUGGACAGCGAGUGGGAGGUCAUCUGAUCAAUUUGCACGUAUUUCGGUAAGUUUACAUUAAGUAUGCGUAAUCAUGAACAACGCGGUGAAGAAAGUUAAUUAUUAGAAAUAAUAUUUAUUUGAAAAAGUCUAGCUUAUAUUUUUAUUAUCAAAUAUAAUAUGAAAAUAGAAAUAACAAGCGCCACUAGCUCAGUGGUGAGCACUAUGAAGUAAAUGUAAGGUCGUAGGUUCCUAGCACAAGCGUUAUUAACUAAAAAUGGGAACAUUGUUAGAAAUUCAUUUACAAAACAUCUUAAUGACUUCGUAAAUUACGAGAUUGUCAUAUAAAAUAU